AUGGCAGGGUCCUACAUCGAAAUUGAGCAAACCUCAGUGUCCUUAUCGGUAAAAGCUUCGAGUCGCGUUAAUCCAAAGCGGUUCAUAAGAAACGCACAUCCGCCUCCCCUGUUUCUCCAGCUUCGAGGUAUUCCAACCAGAGCAGAGAGAGCAGGGCGCGAGAGGCUGCAAGCGGCCGCCGCCAUGGAGAACGAGUUCCAGGAUGGCAAGGAGGAGGUCAUCCAAGCAUGGUACAUGGAUGACAGUGAGGAGGACCAGAGGCUUCCUCAUCACCGUGAGCCCAAAGAGUUCAUUCCUCUUGCCAAACUUUCAGAAUUGGGUGUUGUAAGCUGGAACCUGAAUGCUGAUGACUGGGAGAAAGACGAGAAUCUCAAGAAAAUCCGUGAGGCCAGGGGAUACUCUUAUGUGGACAUUUGCGACGUAUGUCCAGAGAAGUUGCCAAACUAUGAGGCCAAGCUGAAGAACUUCUUUGAAGAGCACUUGCAUACUGAUGAAGAGAUACGCUAUUGUCUCGAGGGCAGUGGAUACUUUGAUGUGAGGGACCAAAACGAACAGUGGAUCCGUAUAGCAGUUAAGAAAGGUGGCAUGAUUGUUUUGCCUGCAGGAAUGUAUCACCGCUUUACAUUGGAUAGUGACAACUACAUCAAGGCAAUGCGGCUCUUUGUGGGAGAGCCUAUCUGGACGCCAUACAAUCGUCCCCAUGACCAUCUCCCAGCCAGAAAGGAGUACGUCGACAAGAUUAUCAACAGAGGUGGGAACCAAACCGUCGAAGCUCGUUGA